CUUUUGCGAAUGUUACAGAGCAGUGCUACCUACUGGCCAUGUUGUAGCUUUGAAGAAGUUCCAUCCAUUGGAAGGUGAGACAAUUAUAGUUAAUGAUGAAACCUUUGGGAAUGAGAUACGUAUACUAACAGAAAUAAGGCAUCGGAACAUUGUCAAACUUUAUGGGUUUUGCUCCCAUCCACGAUGCAUUUUUCUUAUUUAUGAGUACAUGGAAAAAGGUAGCAUAGCACGCAUCUUGAGCAAUCAAGUUGAGGCUAUGGAGUUGGAUUGGUUGCAAAGAGUAAAUGUCAUCAAAAGUGUGGCCAAUGCUUUGUCUUACUUGCAUAAUGAUUGUAUUCCACCAAUAAUUCAUCGAGAUAUUUCAAGCAAAAAUAUAUUGCUAGACUUGGAACUUGAGGCUCGGGUAUCUGAUUUUGGCAUUGCAAGACUAUUAAAGCAAGACUCAUCUAAUUGGACGUCACUUAAAGGAACUCAUGGGUAUAUUGCUCCAGAGCUUGCCUAUACUAUGGUUAUAACUGAGAAGUGUGAUGUAUAUAGUUUUGGGGUACUAGCACUAGAAACAAUUAUGGGAAGGCAUCCAGGGGAGCUCAUCUCAUCUUUAACGUCACUAGUUGGCCAAAAGAUGUUGUUAAGGGAUAUGUUAGACCCAUGCCUCACCUUUCCAUCAGAUCCAAAGGUGGCGAAGGAAGUGAUUUCUGUUGUGAGAAUAGCACUUGCAUGUUCACGUAGUCACCCACAAUCUCGUCCAACUAUGCAUCAAGUAUUAGAAGAGCUACUUGUUAUCGGACCAUCAUCUAUGGAGCAUUUUCAUACAGUUUCUGUAGGUGACCUAAAUGAUAUUGACGUGCAAUAAUUGUGAUCGAAGAUUCAUUUGACCUACAGGGGAUUGAGGCGAUUCAUUUCAGACUACACUCAAAAUUAAACAAUAGUUCUCAAGGAUGUGUUUUUGGAAGGCAAGCAUUUUAUGGCUAUGAUGCCCAUGUAAAGAAGAAACCUCUUAGAAAGACAUAAAAUUGGUAGUUGUGUUGUGGUUCUUGGAAGAAGAACAAAGAUUGUGAAAAAAGAUAUAAGGGGACAAAAGGAAAUAUCUUCGACAUAAGCAUCCUACCCCUGACUUGGCAUGACUCACAUUGGCUCAUAUAAUCAAAUUAAUGUAGAAGUAGUUGAGUUGUGGCACCUGAACAGAGAACUCCUGCUGCAGAAGAGGAAUCUCGCAUGCCAACUUUCUUCUGGAUAAUCCCAAUUGGCUGUCGUUGCA